AAAACCACUUCCGUCUUCUUGACCAUUUGCUUCACCCAACAAGGACACGUAGAAAAAAAAAGAAGAGAAACCUGUUUAGGACAUCCGGGCGAUUACUACGAAGAUGAAAGACUCGGUCCUGCUCCUCGCUGUGCUCUUCUCUUUAUCUGUUUUGGUCUCUCAGACGGUCGGAGGAAGAGUCAAAGCCCCCUUGCUGCGGCAGAGCAAUACUAAUGGAUUGGUUUUCAGCAAAUCAUUCAAUUCAAUCUACGAUACUUCUAUGUACGGUCGAUUGCAGCUCAACAAUGGCCUCGCUCGUACUCCUCAAAUGGGAUGGAAUAGCUGGAACUUCUUUGCUUGCAAUAUCAAUGAAACUGUCAUUAAGGAAACUGCUGAUGCUUUGGUCUCAUCUGGCCUGGCUGAUUUAGGAUACAUACAUGUCAAUAUUGGUACUCUCCCUUUUGAACCUGACUCGUCAUUACUUUUUUUUUUAUAUGUAACUGCUUCAUGUUUCACAAGUUUUUGUUUUGUUGCAGAUGAUUGUUGGUCCAAUUUGUUACGUGAUUCAAAGGGACAAUUGGUUCCACAUCCGGAAACAUUCCCAUCAGGGAUUAAGCUUCUUGCUGAUUAUGUUCAUUCAAAGGGUCUCAAACUCGGUAUAUAUUCUGACGCUGGUGUUUUCACUUGUCAGGUUCGUCCCGGAUCCCUUUUCCAUGAAAACGAUGAUGCUGACAUUUUUGCUUCUUGGGGCGUGGAUUAUCUGAAAUAUGACAACUGUUUCAACCUGGGGAUAAAGCCAAUUGAAAGAUACCCUCCAAUGCGUGAUGCUCUAAACGCAACUGGUCGCUCAAUCUUCUACUCACUUUGUGAAUGGGGAGAGGAUGAUCCUGCCUUGUGGGCAAAAGAAGUUGGAAACAGUUGGCGCACAACUGAUGACAUCAAUGAUACUUGGGCAAGUAUGACUACAAUUGCUGAUUUGAAUAACAAGUGGGCUUCAUAUGCUGGACCUGGUGGUUGGAAUGAUCCGGAUAUGCUGGAAGUUGGGAAUGGAGGGAUGAGUUACGAGGAGUACCGUGCUCAUUUUAGCAUUUGGGCUUUGAUGAAGGCACCACUUUUGAUUGGUUGUGAUGUAAGAAACAUGACCGCCGAAACUCUUGAGAUAUUGAGUAAUAAGGAGGUUAUCGCUGUAAACCAAGACGCACUUGGUGUUCAAGGAAGGAAAAUUCAAGCCAAUGGAGAAGAUGAUUGUCAACAGGUGUGGUCAGGGCCUUUAACUGGCGACCGUAUGGUAGUUGCUCUCUGGAACCGUUGUUCAAAGCGUGCGACAAUUACAGCAACAUGGGAUAUGAUCGGUCUUGAAUCUACCGUUAGCGUCUCGGUUAGAGACUUGUGGCAGCACAAAGAUGUAACAGACAAUGCGUCUGUCUCUUUUGAAACUCAAGUAGAGGCACACGACUGUCACAUGUACAUUCUCACUCCUCAGGCUGUGGUAUCACGCUCUGAUGUAUAGUCCCUUCUUGUGAGGCUUUCAAAUCUAAGGGUUGCCAGUGUGUUUGUGUACAACUUGUUACGUACUAUCUCGUAACACAUGAAAGCUGUUGUUAUUCAGACUACUUUCAUAGCGUCUUUUGUACAAAACUUAGAACAACACGUGUGCUCAUGAAGUUACUACAAUAAAAAAAAUGCUUUUGAGGUUU